UAUUUCCCUUGAAAAGUAAAAAUGCUUUUCCGUUCGGCUCACUAGUCACGAAAAAUGACCAUGCUUUCGUUCCCGGAUUGAGACGGAGGCAUCCAUGUAGUUCGAAUUUGUUUCCUCAGGGACAGAUAGAGAAGAAGAAGAGCCAUCCUUCAGUUUUUUGGGUUAACUUUCCUGCUAAUUUUCUCGGGAAAAUUUUCUGCCCGGAAAUAUGGGAGAGCCUUUCUUUGAUCUCAUGGAGUUUUUGAAGAAACCCUCAAUAACCGAGACAUUAGUCGACAUUCUGCUAUGUGCAGUCCCGAUUUGGCUCGCCGUCAUGAUCGGCAUGCUCAUCGGCUGGUCAUGGAGGCCCCGGUGGACGGGAAUCGUGUUCCUCGGUCUCCGUGGUAAGUUUCGGUUCCUCUGGACGGCUCCACCGGGCUUUGGCGCUCGGAGGUUAUGGUUGGCAUUUACAGCGCUGUCUGCGUUCUCCAUUUGCCGCACAAUUUGGUCCAAUUUCAAGCGGAAGGGCAAAGGACAAACUGCAUGGCCACCGGAACAGGAGAAUGUAGCGGCGGCAAUGCCCAAGUUUGGAGAGGGAAGCGUUGAGGCUGCUGGGUCCUCUGUUAAAUCUUGGGAGAAAGAGCAGGAUGUUACUGAGGCUGAUUUGGAGCAUCUCCUUCAUCUUUUUGAAGGGAAAGAUGGAGUGAUGGACUGGCAAAGUUUGAUGGAGAGGUCAACACCGAACAUGGCUUACCAAGCUUGGCGUCAUGAACCUGAGACUGGUCCUACAGUUUACCGCAGUAGAACUGUCUUUGAAGAUGCAACACCUGAGCUGGUCCGGGAUUUCUUCUGGGAUGAUGACUUCCGCCCUAAAUGGGAUCCUAUGCUGGCAUACUGCAAUGUAUUGAAGGACUCUUCUCAUACAGGGACAAUGAUUGUUCACUGGAUUAAAAAGUUCCCCUUUUUCUGUAGUGAUCGAGAAUAUGUUAUUGCUCGAAGAAUAUGGGAGGCUGGAAAUUCAUACUAUUGUGUGACAAAGGGGGUGCAUUAUCCAAGUUUACCCAAGCGAGACAAGCCCAGACGAGUAGAGCUUUAUUUUUCUAGUUGGGUCAUCAAACCUGUGGAAUCUCGCAAAGGAGAUGGACAGAUGUCUGCCUCUGAGGUUACCCUUUUACAUUAUGAAGACAUGGGGAUCCCCAAAGAUGUUGCGAAGCUGGGUGUUCGCCAUGGGAUGUGGGGGGCAGUUAAGAAACUUGACUCUGGAAUGAGAGCUUAUCAGAAUGCCAGGAAAACAGAGGCAUCCUUGUCAAGAUGCGCACUGAAUGCGAGAAUCACGACCAAGAUUACUAUAGACAAUAUGGAGUCCUCAGGGCCUUUUGUGGGGCAGGAAGAGAAGGAUCAAGCCCUUAGGAAUAGUAGAAUGCAGGAUGGUCCUGGCGUGGACUGGAAGUGGUUGGCUAUUGGUGGCGCUGUUGCUCUGGUUUUGGGUAUUCACGGUGGUGCUGUAGGGAAAGUAUUGUUAAUGGGUGCAGGGCGCAGAAUUGCACGGGGCUGAUUGAUGGAGGAUCUACGAAGCACAGAUUUUAUUUGCUUCCGUUUUGUAGGUUCAAUAUAAUUGUAAUAUAUAUGACAGUAUAUUCAUUUGUAUUUGAUAAUGUACUUGUGCGAUUUUUUUUUUCCUCUA